AUGGAAAAGGAUCAUUCUAACCGAUCUAGGCCUCUUGCCUUCAAUCUCUCAAAAUUUGAUGACUGGAAAGUGAGAAUGCAGGCGCAUCUGUCGGCCAUUCAUGAUGAAAUGUGGGAUGUGAUAACCACAGGACCUAUCACUGUUAUGCUGGUGAACACUCAAGCUGCUGCACAAGGAGAUGGUGCAGAACCCAUGAUACCAAAACCAAAGGCUCAACUCAACUCUAAUGAGAAAACGCGUGCUAACUUGGACAACGUUGCUCGUGAUAUCCUCUACAAAUCUCUGGACGAUUCCCUAUUCCUGAAAGUUCGUAAAUGCACAACAGCAAUGGAAAUUUGGAACGUUCUCAUGAAUUUGGGAGAAGGGGAUGAGCAGGAGAAAGACAACAAACUUACAGUAGCCAUGAAAAAGUUUGAAGACUUCAAGAUGUUGCCCAAUGAAGCUAUCACCUACAUGGAGCUUAGGUUCACGAAGCUUCUGGGUGAUCUCUCAGAUCUCGGAAAAGAGCUUACUGAAAAAGAGAAGAACUUGAAGAUUCUUCGAGGCCUCCCGAAAUCAUGGGACAUGAAGGUCACUGCAAUGAGAGAUCAUCGUGACAUGAAAACCACCAGCACAAACAAAAUCUUUAGUGAUCUGAAAGUUUAUGAGUUCGAGCACGAACCAAAGGAAUUGGAAGAACCCGAAAUCAGAAAUGUAGCCUUGAUGGCCAAUCAACAAGCAUCGACGUCGAAUAGGUCAACUUCUAACUCUUGCAAUUUUUUAUCUGACGAACAAUAUGCUUUGUUUGUAAGAAAAAUGAAAAGGUUUAUGCGGAAGAACAACUUUCAAGACUUCCAAAGACCAUCAAGCCGAAGGCAACAUGAAAGAUCUCCACUUCCACCGAGACAAGAAUCAACUGAUUCCCAAAUGCUGUGCUACAACUGCCGAAAGCCUGGACACUUCAAGGCAAACUGUCCACAUCCAAUGGUCAGCAAACAUCAGGACCAUGGCGUGAUGAAAAGCACAUCAAAAGAAAGCAGCGAGUUCACCAAACGAAAUGACAAACAAGAGUCAUCGAACUCAAGAAACGAGAGAAGAAGAAAAGCAAUGGUCGUAAAUGAAACAACCGAAAACAUUGAAUCCAAGAGCAGUUCCUCAAGUUCAAGUUCAGAUGAUGACAGUGCUGAAGAAGAAAAGGGGCUGCUGUGUUUGUUCAGUGAGAAAGAAGAAUCGAAUGAAAUGUGUCUCAUGGCACAGGAUGAAGAGGUAGACUCUCAAUCCUCCUCCUUCCUUUCAUUAGAAAUCGGCUCAACAAGUGAUCAAAACUCCAAUGAAUCAGUCAGUGAUAUGAUGAGGAGAUUUGCAAUCAUAAACAGCACAUACUCAGAACUAAAAGAGGAGAACUCUCGACUAUUGAUCAGCCACAAUGAGCUAAGGCGAGUUCGAAUAGAGAACAUAAAGCUAGCCAUUGUAAAGAAUCAGCUCGAAAAUCAAGUUCUAUCUCUCAAAGAGCACUGCACAGAAAGAGAGAAGCGGGAGCAACAUUUGCGUGAGGUUCUUGACUCAUUUAAUAAUUCGUCCAAUCUAAUGGACUGA